AUGACAUUAUAUUAUGCAUUUCGAGUUGGUCCUAGUCUUACUUCUAUAUUCAACGAUGCAAUCUUGCAGUCCAUUGAAAGCUGUGCUCGUGAAUAUGCUGGACCUGGAAAUUCAAGCAUUCUUGCAGCUUCUGUGAAUUUUGUUGAUUUAGCAGGAAGUGAGAGAGCUUCUCAGAUCUUAUCUGCGGGUACAAGAUUGAAAGAAGGCUGCCAUAUAAACCGGAGUUUACUAACUCUUGGGACGGUGAUUCGCAAAUUAAGUAAGGGAGGAACUGGCCACAUACCUUAUAGAGACUCUAAGUUGACACGCAUACUCCAGAACACUUUAGGAGGAAAUGCCAGAACAGCCAUCAUUUGUACUAUGAGUCCUGAACGUGUUCAUGUUGAGCAAUCAAGAAACACACUCUUGUUUGCAAACUGUGCUAAGCAGGUAAGAACUAAUGCACAUGUCAAUUCAGUUACGUCGGAUAAGGCACUGGUAAAGCAAUUACAAAGAGAAUUGGCUAUACUCGAGAACGAAAUGAGGAGCUUGGGAUCAUCUUCAGUUAAAGGUGAUACUGCUGAUGUGCUGAGAGAGAAAGAGCAACUUAUUGGGAAGAUGGCUAAAGAGAUAGAAGUAUUGACUUGGCAACGUGAUCUUGCUCAGUCGCGAGUUGCAAAUUUGCUACUGUCAGUUAGAGAAGUUCAAAUGUUAAAGCAAUCAUCAAAUUCAUCAGAAGUGGCCAAGGCUCCAUGUAUAGUUGAUUCCAGCAAACACGAGGAUACAGUUACACCUAGUGCCAACAACGAAUAUCUUGGGCUAGCUGAGAAUCCUGAAGAGAAUUUUCUACUUGACGGCAUGACUCCGAAGUUUCUUGUGCCUGAGCCAUGCAAAGGUUGGGAGGUCUCUGAAAAACUGGAUCAAGAAUUUGAAGAUAGCUGCAAGGACGUUCAAUGCGUUGAAAUUGAAGACUCAAUAAAUACAAUGGAUGAACAGGAAGGAAAACUGACCACGACCGAGGUUCUUCACCAGAAAACGGGAACUGAUGAAAGUGAUGACUUCUCCCCUGAUCCUGAGGAAAAACAAGGAAAAAUAGACAUGGUUAUUACUACUAAUACUGAUGUAGUAUCAUCACCAGAAAAGGAAGAUUUGCAGUCAAGUCCUGUGUAUAAUGAUGAAACUUACAAGGCUUUGAAACAAAAAAUUCAGGAACUGCAAAGGACAGUCAAUUUUCUUAUCAACACUCAACAUCAAGACCAGUCACCUAGCUUCUCACAUACAUCUAGCUCUUGCGGUAGGAACUUGGGCAGAAGCCAAAGCUGCAGGGCGGUUGUCACAACUGUGCCAUCUUCAGCUUACUUCGAGAAGACAACACAUAAUCAAAGCACACCCCCUUCCACUGGGGUUGAAAAGGACUUCCUUGAAAGAUCAAGGCACCUUCAUCAAAUGCUUUCUGAAGUGAACUAUGACAACAGAAGCGAAAAUAUAUCCAGUAGACAUUCUCGAACUUCUUCAUUUAGUGGCUACGGCUAUGGGGAAACAUUAAAUCUUAAAGAUUUAGAUAUGGAAGACACUUCCAGUGAAACUAAUUUUCAUCCACCACCUUGGAAGCCAAUUAGCGAUGAUCCUUCGAAAAGAAUUUCUACCUCUACUGCUUCAGCAGCUGGUGGCAGUGAAACGAAGCAGCUCUCAGAAAAGCAAAUUGAUAACAAGGUGAGAAGAUGAACCUCCUGCCUCUAUUUUAUUUUUCUCAUUUCUAGAAUGAAAUCAAUCAUUCAUAUUAG